CCGUUUUUAAAUCCUCGGGGCUGCCGUGAGUUUGUAGUAGAAAAAAACGUGUGCAUACGUAAGCGUGGCCUGUGCUGCUCUCCUAUCUCUUUUAUCGAGUUUUUUCUUUUUGAUCAAGUGAAGCUGUUUGAUUAGUCAAAAAACAGCACUUGAAAGGUAAAAUGCCUCUUGACUUGUAUUGCGUGGAUCCCAGCCCCCCGACCAGGGCAGUCUAUCUAUGCCUUAAAAUCCUUGGACUUGAGGCAAACAAGAAACCUAUCAGUCUUUUUAAAAGAGAGCACCUUACUCCCGAGUAUUUGAAGAUUAACCCACAGCACACCGUGCCCACUCUUGUGGAUGACGGUUUUGUCAUCUGGGAUAGUCACGCCAUUUGCACAUACUUAAUUGGCAAGUACGGAAAGGAUGAUUCGCUGUACCCGAAAGACCUCCAGAAAAGAGCAAUUAUUGACCAGCGCCUGCAUUUUGAUACAGGGAUGUUGUUUACAUCUCUCUUCCAAAUUGCUUACCCGUUGAUUUUCCUAAAAUGCAAGGAAAUCCCCAAAGAAAAGCAGCAACGCGCUCGCGAUGCAUAUGCGAUGCUUGAGAAAUUCCUCGAUGGCAACGACUAUCUUGCAGGGAAUAAUUACACCCUCGCAGAUAUUUGUUGCGUUUCAACAACGACAACUCUUGUGGAAGCUUUUCGUGUACAUGCUGAUGAUUUUCCCAAUGUGAAGGCCUGGAUUCAGCGCUGUAAGGACAACAUUCCAGGCUAUCAGGAGACUAUUCAACCUGGGCUGAACAUCUACAAAGGCUUGGUGGACGCUGAGCUGAAUUAAAAAAAAAUAAUAAUAAUAAAAAUAAUUCAACGGGGCGUGG